AGCUCAGAAAAGCUGCUAACGCCGCGUGAGAGGCAAAGACUCCCCUCUCGUGGGAACCCUUGCUGCAUCCCACGUGAGAGUCCUUCUCGGAUCGCUGCAGCUGCAUCUCAGUGCUAUGGGAAGCAGGUGCCUUCCCCUGCUCUCAGGGCUCAGUGUCCUGCUGGUUCUGUUGGGAUCAGAUGCACAGAAUUCUGGAGCAGCUUUCUGUUCUCACUGCCCUGAAAAUGCCAAGUGCUCUAACAGCACCCACUGCACCUGUAAAGAUGGAUUUCAGUCCCUGUCUAAGAGGAGGUACUUCACCAAGCCUUCUGAGAGAUGUGAAGAUAUUGAUGAGUGUGAGGCCGGGUUCUCAAAGUGCAAGAAGGUAUCAUACUGCGUAAAUGAGAUUGGAAGUUACUACUGCAGCUGUGUCCCACAUCUUUAUUUCUUAAACUGGGUGGCUGGUUUAAUUAAAUUGAACCAUCCAGCGUGUUAUGAGGACACUGGUGAGAAGCCCCAGUUACCAACGUUCACCUGGGUAACUCUGGGGAACGGAAGCAAGAAGGACAUCGCGAGAGAGGCUACCCAGCUUUUGCAAAGAAUAGAAUGGGCUGUAUGGAACGAGAGUUUUGCCUCUCCGGGAAAGCGUGAAAAAUCUGACUUUGAUAUUGUCUAUGAAACCAAGAGGUGUGGUGAGAUGAGUGUGAAGAUUAUUCUGGAAGCUGGAAACAACACCAUGGAUAUCAACUGUACUGAUGCUUUCAAGGGAUCCGCAAGAGCUGGGCAUGCAGCCACCCUUAUCACACACAGAUCUCUUGGCAAUGUCCUGAAUGGAUCUUUUUUCAGUGGUAAAAGAGGGACACAGCAAGUAAAACUGAAUUCUCAUGUCGUGAGUGGCACCAUUGGUGUGAAGGGAAAGGUGUAUCUGUCCAAACCUGUGCUCCUGACCUUCCAACAUACUCAGCCUGGUGAUGGGAGAACAAAACAUAUCUGCGUCCACUGGGAAGGAACGGAGGAGGGAGACGGCUGGUCGACCGAGGGCUGCUCUCACGUCGGCAGCGACGGUUCUUAUACCAGAUGUAAAUGCUCCCACCUCUCCAGCUUUGCUGUCCUCCUGGCUGUUUCUCCCAAGGUGGAUUCUGUCCUGACUGUCAUCACCAACGUGGGGCUGAGCCUCUCUCUGCUGUGCCUCCUCCUGGCGGCCCUCACCUUCCUGCUGUGCCGAUCCAUCCAGAACACCAGCACUACCCUCCACCUGCACCUCUCCGUCUGCCUCUUCCUGGCCCACCUUCUCUUCCUCGUGGGGAUGGAUCAGACCGAGCCUGUGGUGUUGUGUGCCGUCAUCGCAGGGGCGCUGCACUACCUCUACCUGGCCGCCUUCACCUGGAUGUUCCUGGAAGGGCUGCAUCUCUUCCUCACUGUCCGGAAUCUCAAGGUGGCCAACUACACCAGCGCAGGCAGAUUCAAGAAGGCGUUCAUGUACCCAUUAGGCUACGGGAUUCCAGCUCUGAUCGUGUCUGUGUCUGCAAUAAUAGGACCCCAAAAUUAUGGAACAUAUACUCACUGCUGGCUGAAGAUUGAGAAAGGGUUCAUCUGGAGCUUCAUGGGGCCAGUGGCGGUCAUUAUUUUGAUAAACUUGGUGUUCUACUUCCAAAUUCUGUGGAUUUUGAGAAGCAAACUUUCGUCCCUUAAUAAGGAAGUAUCCACCAUUCAGGACACCAGAGUCAUGACGUUUAAAGCCAUUGCUCAGCUGUUUGUCCUGGGCUGCUCUUGGGGCCUCGGUUUUUUUAUGGUUGAAGGCAUCGGGGAGAUGAUUGGCUCAGUCAUUGCCUACAUAUUCACCAUUAUCAAUGUCCUGCAAGGGGUUUUGCUCUUUGUGGUGCAUUGUCUCCUCAAUCGCCAGGUGCGGGUGGAAUACCAGAAGUGGCUUAGCGGGAUGCGGAAAGGAGUUGAGACUGAAAUCACUGAGGUGUCUCACUCGACGACCCACACCAAAACGGAGCAACCAGGGAGGUCAUCCCAGUUCCUGCAUCCGAGAGACGCUCCGUCCGUGCAACCCCAGCCCGGGCCUCAUCUUGUCACUGUUUUUUGGCAAAGAACGAAAACCUGAGCGGCUGUUGGACAGCGCCCCCUGUGGUCACCCGUGGAUCAGACAAACGCAGCCAUAUGUAGCUUUCUUGGGAAGAUGCGUUCAUUCUUUCGUUUUGGAUUCUAUCCCCAUAAAAAGAAAGGGGUACGUGGGAGCAUUAUGCGACCCCACAUCGCGGAUUGUAUACCAUGUCCAAUUACAUGCUCAAGGAACCCUUUUUCGUGACAGGAGAUGUAAGUGGAUUUUCUUCCUCCAGCCCUUGCCUAGGACUUACUAGCUGAUAUCUGGUUUCUGCUCAAAGAUGUUUCUGGACUGUAUUGCAUUUUAUGCUCCCGAAGAUCUUGCAUCACUCAGCAGCAGCAUAAUUCAAUGCUUCCCAUAUGAAUAAAUAUUUCUCAAGGGGGUUGCAUUCUUGCAAUGUAGAAUAACCACCUUCCCGCUGAGGAGUGCCUGGACACUGCGCUCAGUUGACCAGCACGUUCCGAGCGUGAAGACUUUUCAAACCUAUUUGUGUACCUGGGUUAAUUUUGUUUUCUUAGCAGCAUCUCAAAUGUGUCCCAGUGUACACGCUCCGCAAGAAAACAGCGUGGCACGUCCCAGCAACGGUUUGACCCUCUUUGUCUGGUUUUACCAUGUCUAAUUUCUUUUCCAACGUUAUGAGAUUUUAAGCGUGUUUUUCAGCACCAGACCUAAUGAACGCAUGGAUACUUUUGUCACCAAUGUUUUAAAAACAACUAUGACAGCAGCAAAUGUAAAUAGCAGUCAAUAGCAGUCAAGAGUCACCAUGUUUCAUUUGAAGAGAUUUCACGUGUGCUGGACAAAGGAUGGCUCCCUUUCCUGCCUCAUUAGCUCGAAGGUCCCUUCCACAUGGCAGCGAUGUAACCAGUGUGUGCGAUUCACUCCACCUGCUGGCUUUGAAAUGAUGUGCUUCCUUGUUAAGUUAAAAUGUAGGAGGUUCACCUGGUCUAAACAUUAGUUCAUAGCUGACUGCAAAACGGCCGUAGUAACUAUAGGUCUAGGAGGCAAUCGAGAGCCACACGAUGGGGAAACAGUGACGUCGCAGUGUGCAUUUGAUGGCCGGACCAGACCCCAUCCAAUUUUCAGGAAUGAAAUUAUAAUAUUAAUACAAGUUGGCAAAAUUUGAUCUUGCACUUUAGUUACAAAGACCUAGGUAAUGGCUGCAUUUGACCUCGAGUUUCCUCUGAACCGCUCCGGGACCAGGUAUCCUAAAACGUCAGAAACAGCAGGAAAAUCCAAUGGAAGAAAAACCAUUGUAAAGAUGUGAAGAAAACUUUAUGGGUUAAGUAGUAUUAUUGGUUAUUACUGAGCGCUUAAU